CGGGGUCACUAACCUGCUCCCCUGAGGAGCCCCGCGAGGUGCGUCGGCUGCGCCGCGGAGCCGCGCUCCAGCCAACACAAACAACUGGCUCAGAGACAGGACUCAGUUACUCCUGGCACAGCCAACAGCACGAGCAUCAGGUUGGUGUCCGUUCCAUACAAGCUGGAUGCUGUGUACACCGUGGGUUUGUGACACAGCCAAAGAACUCUGUGUUUGGCAGAUCCGCUUUUAUAGCAAGCCUGUUCUUGGCCCCCCAAGGAGACCACCUCUUUCAGGGAUGCUUGCAGGAAAUACAGCCCUGAGAAAUGGCCUGAGUGAAGAGCAAUCAGGACCCGGCAUCUUGGCAUACCAGGCAGUGUCACCCGGGGCCUAUGUGAGAUUGCCUCUCCCAGCGUUAAUUGACAGUUGUGAGGGCUUAACUGAGGAGAGUCGGCGACUGCAUGGAAGACACUUACCGCAGUGUUUGACGCACGAGAUACUUUUGAGCUCCAAAAAGCCUUAGAAUUGAACCCAGUGAAAAUUUGAGGGAAGGGUCACUAGUCAGAGGGAAUACUGUCUAUAUAGAUGGGAGAUUGGCAAGAGGAUCUAAAAAAUACUGAGCCCUGCCAGGUCAGAGGAGAUGGAGAUACGAACUGUGGGUCCAUCUAUGUUGGAAAACCAGCCUUCUACCAACCUGUUGCUGUCAACCACACAGGACACUAGCCCCGCUGUCCCUACAUGUGUGUGGAUGACAGUGGCCGGAACAUCUGGGAAGUUAUUUGGAUUCAAGGUAUGUGUUAGACGAAGUGGGUAGAAACCAUUUCCCUGAGGAGAAAACAUUUGAGAAGGAGGUUCAGAAGGAAAAGGCAGAGAUGUACAAGGAUUUUUGGGUAGAAUGGUCAAGCAGUCACCUCAGCACAUUGAACCAAAACGGCGGUUACUGUGAUGAAGCAAGGAAGAUUGACAAGAGUCAAGAGGACUGGAAGGGAAGUGGCGCAGGGCUCUGUGCACCAUGUUGAGGCGUUGAAGAUUCAAAGCAUGUUCAGAAACUGGAGGAUUUUAAUCUCUAGAAAGAGAUGUUAUGAGUUGCAUAUUCAAGGAAAGUUUUACUAUUACUUGAAUGGCAAAUGGGUGCAAGAGAGCAAGAAUAGAAGCAUGUUGACGGGGUGGUACCAUAAUCCUCCUGAGAACGGAUUGCAGCGCAGCGAGGUUACACUGCUAUCCUAGGUCCAUACAGCUUACAAGGUGGCCGACUGCCCAAAUACUAUGCAGUACAGUCCAUGAGUAGAGAAAGCAAGGCACCCAGUGAUUCCUGGUGUAUCCCAGUGCUCUACAAAGUGAACCACACCACCUUUGAUUUAAACAUUUGGAUGAGGCUGAAGGUGAUUUUUCCAAAACUUUAAUCCUUUGUUUUGUUUAUUUGUUUUAAGAUUUUAUUGAUUUAUCCAUAAGAGACACACAGAGAUGCAGAGACACAGGCAGAGGGGAGCCUGAUGUGGGACUUGAUCCCAGUACCCAGGAUCACACCCUGAGCUGAAGGCAGACGCUCAACCACUGAGCCACCUGGGCAUCCCAACUUUAAUCCUUUGGAAUAAUAAUAGAUUCCCGGAAUUUGAUAAGACAGUACAGGGAAGUCUCAGGUGUCUGUCACCCAGGUUCCCAGGUUUCUUAAUGAUACUAUAUCAAACUAGGAAUUUGGUACUGGUUAGACGAGUAUGUAUAGUUUUCUGCACUUAUCACAUGUAGAUUCACACAGUGCACACCAACAUCAAGUGACUGAUCAAUCUGUCACCGAGUGUCUUUCAUGCUGCCUUCUUACAAACACAUCCAUCUCCUGCAUCAUACCCAAACCAUGAUACCCACUUCUUUCUUUCUUUCUUUCUUUUUUUUUUUCUCAGCAAAGUUAUUUAGCAAUAGUAAAGUGAUAGUACAAAGCUCCCAGGGAGGGAGGGGACCCGAGAGUGUUGCCCUCACUUCUUUUUUUAAGCAAUAUUUCAGAGUAACAUUCAAAGAUCAUGACCCCUUCCUCUGUAAAUACUUCAGCAUAUAUUUCCUAAGAGCAGGAUGUUUUCUUCAGCUAUGAUGCAGUCAUUUGAAUCCAGAAAGUUUAAUUUUGAUGUUACUGUUAUCUAAUAAAUAGGGCAUAUUCAAAUUUUUGCCAUUAUUCUGUACUGUCUACUUUAGAGCAGUUUAUCUGCCUAUCUAGACUCUAGAAAGCUAAAGACCACAAGUUUUUCCCAAUUGUUUCUGUAGUCUUUUAGCAUAGAAGAGUGCUCCUUUUUUUUUCAGAGACAUUGUACAGACUUGAAGACCAUUGACUUGAAUGUUGCCAUGAUUUAGAUUUUAGUGAUUGUUUCCCCAUGAUUAAAUUUAGGCAAAUUUCUUUUUUUCUCUUUUUUCUUGGGCGGAAAAACUCUGUAAGUGUGCUUUUCUCAUUGUAGGCCAUCAGUUUGUCCUUUCAUUGGCCAGGAGGUAUUCUUCAGAUCUUCACAUUGUAAAGGCACUGGUCUUUCCUCUCUCUAAAUAAAAUAUAAUUGUUAAGAGUGAUUAUUCUGAGAUUUUUGUGAAUAUAUCACCCAGGAAACGUCGCUGAGUAAUUUGUGCAGCUAUCAAUGAUUCUUGCCUAAACUAAUUAUUGUAUUGUGAUAGCAAGUCUAGGAGAUUUUGAAAAUUAAAAACUUUUCUCACACACAGCAGUGAUUGCCUACUUGGACCUGUGACUACUUUCUUAAAGAAGAAAGUCAUUAAUCUUAAAUUUAGGCGCCCUCCUGUGAUAGAGCUGCAAACACUGGAUCCUUCUCACCCUCAGGCUAAGGAGCAGGACCUUGGAGGCCAUCAGCAUGCAAGCCCAGUGAAACCUGGAGCUGGGAGGUCUGGGAGCGGGUCUGGAGCUUAAGGCGAGCCUUUCCAAGGGAGCAUCUCACCCGCCACUUUUGUUCUCGGCCGAUGGAGUUUGUGACGGGCCUGACACACCUCCAGGAGUCCAGCUGCCCCAUCUGUCUGGACUACCUGAAAGACGCGGUGACUACAAAUGGGCACAACUUCUAUCGCUCCUGCAUCAACAUGAUGUGGAAGGACAUGGAUGAGACCUUCCCUUGUCCCGUCUGCUGAUUUUGCUUUCAUAACAAAAGCUUCAGGAGCAAUCGCCAGCUCUGCAAUUUGACCGAAAUUGCUGAACUACUGCAGGUCAGAAGGAGCAAGAGGAAAAGGCAGGAAGAGUACUCUGUGUGUGAGAAGCACAAUCAGUUUCUGACCCUGUUUUGCGGGAAGGACCUGGAGGUUUUAUGUACACAGUGCAGUUUCUCCCUGCAACACCGGAAACACUACAUUUGUCCCAUCAAGAAAGCUGCAUCUUUUCACAGGAAGAUUCUAGAAUAUAGUAUUGACCCCUUGAAAGACAAUAUGGAAUGAGUAGAAAAAGUGAUAAUGCUUCAAGCCAGCAAUUAGUGGAAGAAAAAGAGUUUAGGAGAGAAGAAAUCCUUUCCAAAUUUGAGCAAAUUAGACUGUUUCUACAGAAUCAGCAGGAGGCUCUUCUUAAGCAGAUGGAAGAUGAAGAAAGGGACAUUUUAACAAAACUAGCCGAACACUGUACAACAUUUUCAGGUCAUGUGUCCACAUUAAGACGUCUGCUGAAGGAGGUGGAGUCCAAGCAUAUGCAGUCAGACCUGGACUUUCUGACACACGUUAAGGGUAUCCACCACAGGUAUGAAACCUGGAAUAUCUGGAGCUCUUCUUAUUCCAAUUAAAGAAAUAUGGAUUUAGCCUUCCUCCACAGUAUUCUGGCUUGGACAGAAUCCUCAAGCCCUUUCAGGUAGACGUGAUUCUAGAUCUUGAAACAGCACUCCCUCGGCUUGUUGUCUCCUAGGAUAGAAAAACUGUGAUACAGAAAGAGAAAAAAAGCAUCUCUGUUAUAACCCAAGGAGAUUUUAUCUCUGCCCUCCUGUCCUGGGUUCUAGGAGAUUUAGUUCUGGCCGGCAUUACUGGGAAGUAGAAGUGGAAAACAAGCCUAAAUGGACCUUGGGGGUGUCUUGAGACUGUUUCCUUCAGAAUUGGUGGAAUCGGCCAGUAGUUGAGGGUGGAUUCGGGGCGAUUGGGAGAUACGUUGAGAGCAUUUAUAUUAUGCUGGGUCCUAAGAGAACCUAGUUUCUGCCUGUAGUAAACCCAAGUAAGGUUGGCAUUUUUGUGGACUGUGAGUUAGGGGAGAUUUCCUUUUACAAUAUGAAUGAUAGAUCUCUUCUCUAUACUUGUAAUGAUUAUUUUUUUUAACGUGGGUUUAUUCUUUUUUUAAAGAUUUUAUUUAUUCAUAGAGAUGCAGAGAGAGAGAGAGAGAGAGAGAGAGGCAGA